CAUCACUUCUUCAGCUGUCCAUUCAGUGUCACUACUACUCUUGUCCAGGUAACGUCACUCCUCCAGCAGUCUAUUCAGCGUCACUCCUACUCUUGUCCAGGCAACAUCACUCCUCCAGCUGUCUAUUCAGCGUCACUCCUACUCUUGUCCAGGGAACAUCACUCCUCCAGCUGUCUAUUCAAUGUCACUCCUACUCUUGUCCAGGCAACAUCACUCCUCCAGCUGUCUAUUCAAUGUCACUCCUACUCUUGUCCAGGCAACAUCACUCCUCCAGCUGUCUAUUCAAUGUCACUCCUACUCUUGUCCAGGCAACAUCACUCCUCCAGAUGUCCAUUCAAUGUCACUCCUACUCUUGUCCAGGCAACAUCACUUCUCCAGAUGUCCAUUCAGCGUCACUCCUACUGUUGUCCAGGCAACGUCACUCCUCCAGCUGUCUAUUCAGCGUCACUCCUACUCUUGUCCAGGCAACAUCACUCCUCCAGCUGUCUAUUCAACGUCACUCCUACUCUUGUCCAGGCAACAUCACUUCUCCAGCUGUCUAUUCAGCGUCACUCCUACUCUUGUCCAGGCAACAUCACUCCUCCAGCUGUCUAUUCAACGUCACUCCUACUCUUGUCCAGGCAACAUCACUUCUCCAGAUGUCCAUUCAGCGUCACUCCUACUGUUAUCCAGGCAACAUCACUCCUCCAGCUGUCUAUUCAGCGUCACUCCUACUCUUGUCCAGGCAACAUCACUUCUCCAGAUGUCCAUUCAGCGUCACUCCUACUGUUGUCCAGGCAACAUCACUUCUCCAGAUGUCCAUUCAGCGUCACUCCUACUGUUGUCCAGGCAACAUCACCACUUCUCCAGCUGUCCAUUCAGUGUCACUCCUACUCUUGUCCAGGUAACAUCACUUCUCCAGAUGUCCAUUCAGUGUCACUCUUACUCUUGUUCAGGCAACAUCACUUCUCCAGCUGUCCAUUCAAUGUCACUCCUACUGUUGUCCAGGCAACGUCACUCCUCCAGCUGUCUAUUCAGCGUCACUCCUACUCUUGUCCAGGCAACAUCACUCCUCCAGCUGUCUAUUCAGUGUCACUCCUACUCUUGUCCAGGCAACAUCAAUUGUCCAGCUGUCCAUUCAGUGUUACUCCUACUCUUGUCCAGGCAACAUCAAUUAUCCAGCUGUCUAUUCAGCGUCACUCCUAUUCUUGUCCAGGCAACAUCAAUUGUCCAGCUGUCUAUUCAGCGUCACUCCUACUCUUGUCCAGGCAACAUCAAUUGUCCAGCUGUCCAUUCAGUGUUACUCCUACUCUUGUCCAGGCAACAUCACUCCUCCAACUGUCCAUGCAAUGUCACUCUUUCAGCUGUCCAGGCAACAUCCUACAUGUCCUGGCUGCCCCCCUCCUCAAGAUAUUUUCAGUUUAAACAAUUGUAGCAUCUGCCUUCUAUGAAUGAAUAACCAAUAAUAUUUGGUAGG